AUGCACACGAUGCAACCCGUGACCAGGCGUGUAGUUGGACUCAUGCUUCGGAGUCCGACCGAGAUGGAAUCUAUGUUCAGGCACUUAUUGCAGAGGUGGAUGCCGAAUUCUGAUCUACUUCCCUCCCCCGACUGCAGCCUCAGCGGAAGCUCACAUCUCCAGCAUGCCGCCGGCUGCACGGGCGGAAACGGAGCCGAAUUCGCCCCCGGGAUCGUGGUGGACAGCGUCGCCAUCACUGAACUCGGUGUCGUCUCAGCUGGCAGGCCCACACUCUCCACUUCGCGCUGUCGAGGGGAUGCGGUGCUGCUCAACAUCCCGAUGAUCACUCUCGUGCGGAGGGUGAUGUGGGUCUGUCAGCUGAACGCGGGACAGGCGUCGGCGUCGGCGUCGGCAAUAGGGGAGAUGGCUGAAUCCUCUGCUAAAGCGGGGACGGGCAAAGGGUUGCACUACUGUCACCCAAUGUUCGAGACGACGACCGGUCUACCGCUCGUCUUUAAUCCGAUCAUAUUCCUUCUCGCUAUGGCGCUAGCUAGUAACGCGUUCAAGGAUUACCAGACCGACGAUGAAAUUUUCGCUCUCGAACCCCCAGUAUACGAUGAGAUUGAGGAUGUACCGGUUUUUCAGGCUACGUCGUGCAACGGCCCAACCGGAAAGAUCCAAAAGGCUUGCACGUGCGCUAGACAGCUCUCAGGCGCUGCCCAGCGGGCCGGCUUUUUGAAUUGCACCGUCUAUGCCAUCAGACGUGAAGCGCUCGUUAAAGCGAACGCGAACGGCUAUGCGGACGCGGAACUGAUGAAGUUUUCUGAACAGUCAGGUCCCGAAGUAUUCCAAACAUUCUACAUGGCUGAAGGAGGCGUAGACGGGCAGAACAGCUUCCUGAAUCAGCCGCUCCGAAAGGACCAUCUCGAGAGCUUCCGCGGGAUGUUCAUGCAGUGCAACCCUGAGCUCUGGCAGUCGCUGCCGGCGCAGAUGCGGUACGAGCUCGAAGAGCAGAUUGACGACCUGACUAAGGAGAUUAAGACGGCUGACGAAGAGGCCAGUCGAGAGCUCCAAGCUCGACGGCACAAACUACACAAAGAACGGCAGCGGCUCACUCUGGAAGAGCUAAAGAAGCGCCGCCAGAGCCAACCUCGAAAUCACCAGUCCCAUGGUGCUCACGAACCUAGCCAAGGCGAUCGCCACCGCUCUUUCUUUGGCCGCGUCCGCCACAUAAUGCCUAAACGUAACCGCUUGGCACGUACCUUGUUCCAACCUCCAACCGGUCCCCCUCCGCAGCCCCGAAGGCCGGUCUGCUCUUCGGAACCUCAUCGCACUCUAUAA